GGCAAAUCUGACCAUUGCCUAGUCGUCAACAUGGCCACCAGUGUUUGACACAGCUGACAUAGUUCUUCUCAAUGGAUGUCAAUUGAGCAGACACAUAUUAUCCAUACAUUUUUACGAACUAGCUAAGCAAACGAAACAGCGCGUUCUUUAGCUUCUACAAUACCCAGCCUGUGUCAGUCAAAAUGGCAAGCCCAAGGACCAGAAGAGUUUUGAAGGAAGUGAGAACCCAGGAGGAAAACAACCUUUGCUUUGAAUGUGGGGGCUUCAACCCUCAGUGGGUGAGUGUGACCUAUGGGAUCUGGAUUUGUCUGGAGUGUUCUGGCAAACACAGAGGCUUGGGAGUACACCUUAGUUUUGUGCGCUCUGUUACCAUGGACAAGUGGAAGGACAUUGAGCUGGAGAAGAUGAAGGCGGGAGGGAAUGGAAAGUUCCGUAUGUUUCUGGAACUCCAAGAUGAUUACGAUGCCACCUGGACCAUGCAGGACAAAUAUAACAGCAGACCUGCUGCACUUUUCAGAGACAAGGUUGCAACCAUUGCAGAGGGGAAGGAGUGGUCUAUUGAAACUUCCUCUGCCAAGGACUGGACUCCACCUCAGGCUAAGACCGGACUUUCGUCGUCUCAUCGCUCAGGGGGCCUGGGCCAGAACUCGGGAAAACCUUCAGACAAGGUGUUUGAGGACUGGUUGAGUGAUGAUGUGAACUCUUAUCAGAGUGGUGGCGGUUAUAGUGGGAAUCAGGAGAACCGCUAUGUUGGCUUUGGGAAUACACCGACCCCAGAGAAGAAGGAGGAUGAUGUCCUGAACAACGCUCUAUCUUCCAUCUACUCGGGCUGGAGCAAUUUCACAAUCGGAGCAAUUAAAAUUGCAGCAGUCGCCAAAGAUAAUACUGCAAAACUUGCAACCUCAGCAACUCUAAAGUUAAGGGGCUAUAAGCCGCCCCCUGAGCCGGCCACAGAGUUAGGACAGACAUUAAAUGAGAAUGUUAUCAAACCUACCCACGAAAAGGUAAAAGAUGGCAAGUUGCUAGAUGACAUGUCUGUCGGCAUUGCUGGGCUGGCAUCCAAGGUUCAGGAUGCUGGUGCAAAAGGCUGGAAAGAUAUGACUGACUUCUUUGCUGGAAAGCCAGAGGACGGGUCCGAAGGAGAGAGCUACCAGAACAUGGACGCCACUGAGGGUUACCAGGUCAACUCCUCAGGCCCAGAACUAGGCCAGGCCCCUGCGCAGGACUUCUGGAAGACCUUUGGCAGCACCAGCUCCUCCAAGCCCAAGAAGUCCCCCAGCAGCGACAGUUGGACCAACGUCGACAACUCUGCCACCGAGAAGAAGAGCUCCGACAACUGGGGCUCGGAGGCGGCAUCCAACAACAAACACAGCACUGGAGACCGCUGGGAGGCCUGGGACAACAACUGGGACAAUGCUGCUGUCGGAGAGGCCAAGGGCAAGAAAAGCCCCGCCCCCGCCAAACCUGCUGAGGAAACCUGGGACAAUGCAGACUGGUAGAGGCCUCACUCACAAUCCUCCCCAGCUCUAUUUCUCCCUUUUCCUCUAUUCCCUUCACCACUUUCUCUCUUUCCUUCCUUCUCACAGGCACUUUUACAGUUGCACAGUUCUGUCUCUAACCUGGGUUGAGUUCAAUGCCAGUUCAGUAUGUAUUUAUCGCUCAAUAAGAAUUAAUUGAAAUGGAAUUGAGCUCAACGCAUACUGAGUAUUCCUGAAUAUUUACAAACUUUAAAGGUUGCAGUCUAUUUAAUUUAGCUGGAUGUGUGUAAAUAAUAUUUUAUUUUAAUUAAUUACAGGAGUUAAAAAAUCUAAAUGUGUGCAGAGUCAUAAUCAUGUCAUAUUUAAAGUUGUCUCCAUAUUAGAAGGCAGGUUGCCAUCUUGGUUUUAUGAGUCUAUUGUCAGACAUUAAAUACAUCAUCCUCAACUAAAGAUGGCAGCAGUCACCUACUCAACCAGAGUUUCUAGAGCGAGAGGAGCCCUGUCUGUCUAUGGUUAUCCCAUGAGAAACAGGGAUUUCAACUUUCUGAGUUUCCACAUUCACUUUAUGCAUAAUGAAAUUGACAAGGAACUGGAAUCAAGUUUAGUGUGCUACCAUGUAAAGCCAGCAUCCCUUGCACCCCAACAGUGCUGUCUGUGUUGACUAAAACUUACGGUCAAAAUGUUAUUUUGUGUGUCAAUUUACGACUGCAGCUAACCUUGGUAUGAUGAUGCUUAACAUUGUGCAAUGGCGUUACAUGUAUAAAUGUAGUUGCUGGAUUCAUGUGAUGCAAGUACAGUAUUUGAACUAUCUUUUUAUUUCCAUUCUCAGCCCUCUUCAUUGAAACCUGAAGAGAAAGCUCUUAUGAGUCGGUGCAACUUGGUUAUUUUGAUGAGGAACAGGUGAUAAGUACAUUUAGGUUUUAAUACAACCUAGUCUAAAAAGCGGUUGAUAGUAUAAAAAGUACUAUUCCACCACCCAAUCAGUGGUUGUCGAUCACAUGGCAUUAAUCUCAUCAGCUAACUGUAAUAUACGUUAUCAUGUGUUAAUGUAUUGUGUGUGUGUUGGGAACUGGACACAUUUGUUUUUGGAAUAGGGUCUAUAACUCUGACUUAUGGUUCAUUGCAAGUAGGCUAUGUAAUACUGCCAAACCUGUGGGACCACCACAGCAGACUUCUGUGACCUCAGUAAACUUCAGUUGACCCUCAGGGGGCUCUAGUAUAGUCUAGUUGCGUCUAUUGUCCUCUUAACACACACCAAAAAAAAAAAACUUUCUCAGUAAGCUGAGCUUUUCAGUCUGUGUUAAGUGUUGCUUCCAAGUUUUCAUGAGUUGAUAAGUGCGGCUACUUGACCAGAGAUACUGUUUAUCAUAAUAUUGAAUCAUACGAUGGGCAAAGAACACAUCUCAGGCCAGUCAUGUAAGAAGCUUUGAUACGAAGAAAGUUUGAUACGAUCAGUCACUUCUCAAGGAGUGCGGUUGAAUACUGCCAAUUUGAAAGAAAGCUUUUCGCUGGACUUUUAAGAUGAGCCAGAUGUUUUACAUUGAAGUGCAAACUUCAGCCAUGUAGGCCAGGCCUAAUCCCUUGCCCCUGUUGUUCGAUUCAAAGUUUUUGUGUUCCUAUGCAGGGGGUUAAAUUGGCAUUUCUGUGUCCUCUGAAUUGCUGGCUUUUCCAUAGUCAUUUUUCACAGAUUAGCCUAGUUCCUACUGUUUACUGUCUCCCCUAGUAAUGUCUCCCAUUGGAACUCUCAAUUUCACCUCUGUAUGUAUGUGAGAGAGUGCUCAUUUUUUUCACUCUUGAGAAAGAGGGCAAGGCUACUAUUUUGUAAUUGCACCAGAUUGUUGGCAUUUCCUUCCCCUGGCUGUUUUUCUGGUGGAACCACAGCAAUACGGGCUGAUAUGGCAUGGCUUGCAUUGUCUUGUGUGAAUGAAAAGUGCUUCUGCUAAAUGAGCAACAAAGAUGUUCUGUUGAGUUGUUUUCUACACAAAAAAAAUGAUAAUCACCUGAGAUGUAAACCAGGAUAACUGUAAUGACUAAUUGCAACGCUUAUGUAGUAGUGCAUCUUCUGCGGUAUUGCUUUAUCUCCCCUGGCCUCUAUUUUAAUGUUGUGUUACAAGCCUUAAAGAGCUGUCCUCAUAGUCUAUCUAUUGAUAACUUGUUGUCAGUUUGGUUUUAAGAGCGUGUGUUUGGGUGUGUGAGUGUGUUCUCCCUUAUUAGAUGGACAGCAUGUAUGAUAAAAUGAUAAAAUAUGAACGUAAAACGAGGUGCUGCUGUUUACAGUUUGCCUCCAUAUUUCUGAUGCUUUAUAAUGACUUUUCUUGUACUAUAUUUUAUGACUAAUCACACAGCCUGGUGGUACCAGCCUGAUGGUGAACGUAGCGAUCGGGCUAUUUCCACCAAGCUAAAUCACACAUUCUUACGGUCCCAAUAUUUUUAUUUUAUUUUUUAUUAUUCAUCAAUGAAUUCCUGUGCUUUAAUCUAAAGGAUGUUAAAUGUUUAUAGAUCUACAAGUCUCACGGUAGAUCAUUGGGUAAAAUGUGUUAUGUAACACUUUCAAAUUAGUUAAAGAACAUUUUCUCUUAUUUUUUUACCAUUGAUAGUAAUUAAGACUUUUCAGCAGUGCAGUUUAGUAAAAUAUAGGCAUAAUGCAGAAAAAUACAGUAAACCAUGUGCUCUUUAAUGUCCAUGUUUUGACUGCCACAUUGGAGAUUGUGGAUGGCAAUCUUUGUAGAUAUCAUUGUUCAGUCAACAAAUACUAUUUUUCGAUAUUGUACAUGAUUUCCUAAUGCAACAAUGGUUUAGAGAUUUACAUUUUUUAUUUUGAAAAACAUUGUAUUUCUAAGUGCAGUGGGUGUUGGUGAGUUGUGUUUUCCUGAGUUCCACUAAUUUAUCUAGACAAGCAUUCCAUAUUGGUGAUUGAUUGAAGGGAAUUUCUUCCAAUGCUCUUGAAUCUCAUGUGAACCAUAAAAUUACAUUAGGCUUGUC